GGGCAACAUAGCGUCCCCAACACACUGCUUUGGCCCCUGCUUCGGAUAAACGGGAGGCUCAAAUCAGGCUCCGUUUGAGUCAAUUGGCUGGUCGUUGAGUCAUUCUUGACCUCGGCUUGGAGUCAACCGAUCGAUGCAGACCGGGUGGACAUGUCAGUCUAGAUGUGCUCUUCUUGACUGCAUUGUGAGGGUAUAGCUCCUGGGAAACCCUGGUGUGACGGUCUAUGGAAGUACUCCAUGUGACGGCAUCCCCUUGUUGGGCCCCAUGGUGGGUGGGGUCACUAGGAGCUGAAUUUUUUCUGUAAUUAUGGAUUCAAAAAAUUCAAAAAGUUCUUGUGCACCAACAACAAAAACAAACAAAAAAAUCACCACUAAUCCAGCGUACUUAGUAGUGCACGCAACCGGAGAAAAACCCUUGGCUAAAGCUUCUCCUUUUUUGAUUCAAAAAUUGUUUGAAUCGACCAUUGGACAGUUGAAAAAAAUACAAAAAUUAAGAUCUGGAGAUUUACUGGUGGAAACAGCUUCCCCACAACAAUCGGCAAAACUUCUGGAAACAAAGACCCUAGGAGAAAUGGAAGUCACUGUCACCCCACAUGUGAGCCUAAACUCAUCACGUGGGGUAAUAUCUGAGAUUGAUCUGAUAUCUGAAGAUGAAUCAGAUAUUCAGAUUGGCCUUUCAGACCAAGGUGUCACUGCUGUCCGACGCAUUUCCAUUCGUCGAGAUGGCAAGUUGAUUCCCACCAAACACCUUAUUUUGACAUUUAAUAAACCGACUUUGCCAUCUGUUAUUACAGCAGGUUAUCUGCGCUGCCCAGUUCGCCCAUAUGUUCCAAAUCCGCUGCGUUGCUUUAAAUGCCAGCGAUUUGGACAUUCACAAACAUCGUGCCGAGGGAAAAGCAUAUGCGCACAGUGCGGAACUGAAGGUCACGAGAGUACUGAGUGUACCACUACUCCGUGCUGUGUGAAUUGCAAAGAUGCCCAUCCUGCCUACUCUCGAAAAUGCCUAGCAUGGCAGAGAGAGAAAGAAAUCCAGCGAGUAAAAACCAUUAACAACAUACCAUACCCGGAGGCUCGGCGAAUGGUCACUCAAAGCACAGUAGUGAAACAGAAAACAUUUGCUUCUGUGUUGAAAUCCACAAUGUCAUGCCAUGUAGGUAUAAAAGGAAAUGAAGAAGCGGACGCAGCUGCAAAGGCAGCUAGUCCUUCACAGCAUAUAAUGCCUAUUGAAGGAGAGAAUUUUGAUAACCCUAUCAAGCAGCGUUAUAUGUUCCUCAAAGGACCUAGAGAAGAGGACUAUGUCAUCUUGGAAUACAUAGCAGUUGAUUCCAAUGAAUGGUGCCAGGAAAUUGGACAUUACACCCUGAAAGAAACGGCCACUGUUGUUUGUUCCUUGGGGUAG